UGUACGUCGAGAAAAACUAAAUAAAACACGAGUAUGUAGAACAGGCCUACGUAGAAUAUCAGGUGCGAUAUACAACGCUGUAUUAUAUCUCCAUUUAAAAUUCGAAACUAUACACAAUGGACCGGGCACUUAGACAGCGACUUGGCGAAACACUCAACACUUUGAUUUUCUUUGUGAUUGCUGGCAGCACAGCAUAUGGGUGCCAUCAGCUGCGAGAGAAGCGCAACAACGGAGAAUUUACACCGUUUUUGGAUGACGAAGAAUUGGUUGCGAAGGACAAAGAAAGCUUAAUGCAUACGCAUAAGGCAAUCGCAGACAGAUUAGCAUCGUAUACGAAAACAGUGGCUGCUACAACAGGUAAAGCUGAGACGGAUCAAACAAUGCCUCUGAAAAGUACACCUACUGCGAGUGUAAGCGAUAAGAAUGUGACAAGUACCGAAGGCGUGACGGCCACGAUCGACGCUGCUGACAAAGGGGCUAUCAAUGGAGCACCGACAUCGCCUACGAGCCAGGCUGAACAAUCCAGCACAUCUGCAGGCUUAUUGUCUGGUCUUGUGAAAAUCAUAACCGGAUGAUCGAGUUACGUCGCGCUUCAAGACCAACGUAGGGUGUCUCUGCAACUGGCUUGCUCUCUUUCUAUCCUUGGCUGGAACUAUGAAUAUAUGAAGCUGUCGUUAGUACGAAUUGGAUAGAGGCAUAUAUCUAUACGAGAUUGGCAAGUGAUCAGAAGGAGAGCAACACUGACCAAGACAGGUAUUCGACAUCGACGGAAAGUUGAUUUUAAAGUGGCGAGGAACGGUUUGUCUGGAAGUGAGAAUUCCGAUCUCGGGCUGAAUAUUUUUUGGAAUUCGGAUGGUUUUCAGAGUUGAAAAAUAUCAAAGGUUGGAUAACGUCUGGAGCUGCUGGCUCGAUAGAACAGGAUAUGAACGUUGUGCGAUAUUGUAGUUUUGUACAAGUUGGACAGGUCCUGCCAUUCGUGCAACCCGAUGAUCGGAGCCAGUUAACUAGAUCAGCACGUGCAGUGUAUGUUGCCAAGCACAAGAGAUAUACACCUAUCUUGAUUCGUGGUGUAUCUCGUGUUGUAGUGGCAUUGAUGACGUUUCAAAACUAUAGACCCGGACAGAUUUGUUGUUGUGUAAUCAAUUAGCAGGAUGUCAUUGUGACUUAGAGCCUUCUCCGCGACAAUCGGGCUAGGUUCGGUCAAACGGUUGUAUGCGACCACUAGGGCUAGCAGGAGGGUGUGCACCAGUUAUAACUAAACUCUAGGAAUUCGUGGUAUGGUUGUGAACGUGGGAGGUCGUCUUGAGCUCAUGUGAAUGUCAGGCCGACUCGGCCACUGGACUGAGCUGAAGAAUGACUACCCCCAUUCACAGAUUUGAGAGGGAGUACGGAGGUACCAUGCAUAUUGAUUGUUAAAUUACGCGUUAUAGCUUCAGUUGUGUCGGGACAAGGCUUCAGUGUUUAACUUCACUCGGAUGGGAAAAGACUGUGUAGCUUUGUUAAGAAACGAAUAAUACGGCAGGCACCAUAGUAUUCAACUGGUAGAGAGUUUUUAACUUGAACUAGUCAGUAUAGUUUGGUCGUGGUAUGGUUUAAUAAAGCUUUUAUUCAUUUCUUCGG